UAAUACCCACUCGCGCGCACACGUCUCUGUAUUUGUUAUUUCGGACAGACUUAAGAACGUUUGAUCCAACUAUUGCUAUUUUUGAAUAACAGCGCGUGGACCGACGGUAAUUCCAAGGCACCCUUAAGCAAAGAGACCACGUGACCAAAGCGGGGCGGUCGAACUAUAAGCCAUUUUGGGGACGGUGUCAGUUUCCACGGAGCGCACGCACACACACACAUGCACACGUUAACGCACAUGAGCCACACACGGCUGCGUUUCGCUAAGCGGGUACUUUGGAGAUAAACUUCUCGGUGCCAAGGAGGAAGACUCUCCAAGCCGCGAGCUUUUGGAGCCACGGAUCGGUGCGCGCGCGCGGCGCGAGAGCUGCGUGGAAGCGAGGAGUUUUUCUCUGCACAUCUGAAUUGCGCUCGCUCUCUCUCUCUCCCUCUCCCUCUCCCCCUCCCUCUCUCUCUCUCUCCGCCUCUGACAGCGUCUGCAGCCUGGUUCAAGAUGGCGGCUCGGCUCCUAUUCAUUUUCUGCUGAUCGCCUCCCAACUUUCAUUGUCUCCUCGCUCCCAGACGCCCCGAAUCCCCGCCAAACCUCCAGGAUUGUUGUUUAUUCCUCCCAUCAUGCAUCGGACCACCAGGAUAAAGAUCACGGAGCUGAAUCCUCACCUCAUCUGCGUCCUGUGUGGAGGAUACUUCAUAGACGCAACCACCAUCAUCGAAUGCCUCCACUCAUUCUGCAAAAUGUGCAUUGUGCGUUAUCUGGAAUCCAGUAAAUACUGCCCCAUCUGUGAUGUGCAAGUGCAUAAAACCAAGCCCCUGCUCAACAUCAGGUCUGACAAAACUUUACAAGACAUUGUGUACAAACUAGUCCCUGGUCUCUUCAAAAAUGAAAUGAAGAGGAGGAGAGACUUUUAUGCGGAGCAUCCUGUAGAUGCUUCCAACGGCUCCCACGAGGACCGAGGGGAGGUGGCGGACGAAGACAAGAGAAUCAUAACAGACGAUGAGAUCAUCAGCCUCUCCAUCGAGUUCUUCGAUCAGAGCAGAUUGGGAGGUGGAAUAGAAGACAAGCAGUCAAGAGAUCAGGUGACUAACAAGCGGUACCUCCAGUGUCCAGCAGCCAUGACAGUCAUGCAUCUGAGGAAGUUUCUACGCAGCAAAAUGGACAUCCCAAACACUUACCAGGUUGAAGUCAUGUAUGAAGACGAGCCUCUUAAAGAUUACUACACAUUAAUGGACAUAGCUUAUAUCUACACUUGGAGAAGGAACGGACCGCUGCCUUUGAAGUACCGGGUUCGACCCAACUGUAAGAAGAUGAAGGUGAGCCACGCGCAGCAGGAGGGACAGAACAGCGCGAGCCGAUCCGGCCCAGAGAGCGACUCGGCCAGCGACAAAGCCGGAAGUCCCGCCGGGGCUCCGUCCACCUCCUCCUCGCUGCCGAGCCCCGGCACGCCCGCCCGGUCCCCGCACCCUCAGCUCCCUCACGGUCCCAACAACGUGAACGGAACCGCUGCAGCCGCCGCUCAGACCCCGAACCGGCCCUUUAACCAGUUCAGCAGCACCGGCGGAAGUGGCGGAAAACCCCGGAAAGUCUCUCUGAACGGCUCGGCGACCUCUUCCGGAUGACGCGGCGCCCCGGAGCCGACACCAGACUACCGCUCAACUGCAAGGCUGUUCAUGCCAACGUAGUUCCACUGUGUAGACCACGUUCUCUCUUUCUCCAGUCGCUGUUCUAACAUUCUGGCAUCAUUUGUAAGUUUUAAACGUAGCAGAGCCAGAGGUUUUCACAAUAAAAUGCUCAAGGAAGUUUUAUUCUGAAAGGAGAUACCAGGGAAACAAACGUUGUUCACCUGUUUUUUUAAAAGCUGCAUCUUUGUUUUACAGAAAUGACUGAAGGGGAAUUCUUAGAUUUUUGCUUCUUUGGAGUUCAAAAGUGUCUUACACGAUUAUUCCAUGUCUUCUGGGAUGUUUUGAAGCACAGAUGAAACAUGCAUGCUCAUCACGGUGAAAACGUUCUGUUCUGAACGAGGGCUGCGCGUGUUCGGCCCACUAAAUGCAAAAAAAAAAAAAAAAAUAAGUUGGAAAGUGUUCAGUCGGAGCAUCAGAAGUUUGUACAGAACCAGAAAAGCGCGCGAGGUUAAACUGUAGCUGCAGUGGAUUCAGAUUCUGCGUGUAAAUAAAGACAAAAUGCAUAUUUAAUCAGCGAUUACGUUAUUCUCUAUUUUUGUCUUUCCUUUCUGUUUGGAGAGAAGGACUGGAGCUCCUGCUGUUAUCGCAGAUGUUUUGAUGUGUCUGUUUUCUGUAUUUGUACGUAUGAACAACUUUCUGUAUUGUUGCUGUUGCACAGUAAAAACAUCUAAAUAAAACAUUUUACACU